AUGUCUUACUACAACUACGACAUAAGUCUGUGCAUAAAUAUAGCAGCCAUCCUGUUGCUCUUGGCAUCAGUAUUGACUGCCAAAGAGAUCCAAACAAAACCAUCAACAGCUUCAAAGUCAGCAUCACAGAAGACGACAUCGAAAAUUCCGCACGGAAAACGAGAAGCUCCCGCAAGCUACGGAGCACCAAUGGAAUUUAUAGCUCCAACCAUUUCAGGCUUUACAUAUGGCGCACCGCAGCCUUUGUUCAACGUUCCGCACUACUCGGGCUACAAAUAUUACUCAUCUCCGUACAAAUUCACCCAGCCCACACUGUUUACACCAGCAAACCCGCACGGUUUCAAUUCUUUUGCUGAUACGCCAGUGAAGUACAGCAUCAGUUCGAAGGAGCUUUCCGAGCUUCUCAAGGCGUUACAUUCACCAAAUCCUGCUGUUACCAUUAAAGCAGUUCCAACCGAAGGCAGUUGGGACAACUCGUUUGGUUACGACUCGUUUGCCCAUUUUAAACCAGCAAUGCUAGCGUCGUACGGGAUUCCACCAACUUCUCCAGUGAACACAUAUCUACCACCUAGUUAUGGCCCUGCUCCAAGUGCUUAUCAAGAACCAAAUUACGCUCCCGGAAAUAAAGGAUUUCGACACUAUGCAUCGUCAGGAAAUUCACACAUACCGGAUAUAUACUCCGGCAACAAGUAUAUUUCUUCCAUCAAACCUUUAACCGUACACGCGCCCGCACAGCCGGUCUCCCAAUUGCACACCUCGAUUCACACCCCGAAGCCCUUCAAACCUUCCACUUACCUUGGAUCAAGCAAUGAAGCCUCGGACUACAUCCACAGCCAACCGGCCACCUCAUCUUCCUUCCACAACACGUUCCUAGCCCCGUCCCUCCAGUAUCUACCACCGCCAAAAGUUCAAAAUAAAAUAACCUACGAGCAACCCUCCAAAUCCUAUUUGCCCCCUUCGGCUCCACCGAAACCAGCCGGAGGAUACCUUCCUCCGAAGCCAUCAAACACCUACCUUCCGGCCGGUCAGAGCAAUCACAAUUACAUCCCGCUAGCGUCGCAUGAGAACGGCAAACACGGUCUGACCUUUAAUCACCACAGUCACGAAACUUCCAAUGAAUCCUACGAAUCCUACGGUGGAUCGGCAUCCGCUUCCGUCGUCAGUUCAACAGCUAAGCCCCAUCAUCCGUGGCAACCGUAA